GCAGAUCGGUCUGAGCUGCCUGUCACACAAGUCUGUCCGGUCCCGGGUUCGAUUCCCGGUGGAGGCUGCGUAGUUCAAGUAGAAAGUGAUUAUGAGGGUCCAAGGCGCUCUCAAGAAGGAUAGUCGAUUGCGCGUGGCAAAAUUCCGCCAUUAAUGCAAAAUACACAGAAAAAAGGAAAUGUAUCAUGUAGGGGAGAUCAAGUCACCAGCGAUUGAUUCGCUGAAGACCGAGGAAAUGGCCGAGCUGCUGAACCUUCUGGACAGCUACUACGACCCCAGCAAAGCGACCAUCAAGCCGAAAUCCAAGCGCUCUGGCAAUGGCAAUGGCAAUGCCACUGCGGUAAUGGUGACAUCGACCCCGAAGCCCAUAAAGCCGCCAAAGACGUUUGCCAGAAUCUAAAGCUACAGUGCAACCACCACAUAAACAGACACUGACAGCCCAUUAAAUAGAAGACAAGGACGAAGAAUGGAACUUAGUUUUCCCUUUCAAGGCCAAA